AUGGCCUGGCGACACAUUAUCCUGACGGGCGCACCAGUGCCUAGCUCUCUGUGCUGGGAGGAAGCAGAGCUGCAGGAGACAGCAGGCGACGGCAAGCUGAACAGAGGUCAAGAACACCGUCAACCGGCAGAUGAAGCUCGAUGGAGGAGCCUGGAGACGGCCAGAGGGACUACGGCGUUGACUGGCCCCGUCGACGAAGGCGGAUGGUUCUUUACAGCGGGUGCAGUGCAGAGAUACAGCGGCGAGUCCGUCAGCGGGCUUGAGACGACGGCUCUGUCUGCGUUUUAUGAGCAGUCCUUCGCCCUCCACGAAGAAGGCGCCUCCUUUGACCAUAAUAAUAAUAAGGAGGAUGAUGAGGAUACGAGGUCGUUUGGUGGUGACGACUCCACCGGCCUGGCAGACAGUGUAGAAGGGGACCUUUCAUCCCUGCUGCCAGCGGGUUCUCAGUUUCGAUCGACCGUCCGCCCCCAUUUGAGUGACCUUGAAGACAUUCCCAAGGCAGCGUACGUCCACGGGCUGUCUCCACGAGUCGUCGCUGUCAACCUGAUAGUGGCAGUUAUCACGGUCGAGCAGCGCCGUCGAGUACGGACUCGCUGGGGACGGGCCAUGGACCUGGUCGAGCUGCUGGUGGGAGACGAAACGAAAUCUGGUUUUCGUAUCAGUUGCUGGCUUCCGCCGCGAGAUGGUGAUGAUCAGCAGCAGCAGCAGCAGCGCCAGGAGACAAAGAAGAACCCGCUAGAGGAGGCCCUGGAGGGAGUCCGCCCAUGUGACAUUGUCCUCCUCCGCUCAGUAGCGCUGGGAGCCUUCCGGGACCAAGUCUACGGACAGAGUCUGCGCAACAACAUGACCAGACUGGACUUGCUGCACCGGAGACCUGUUGAUGGGAUGGACUCAGAGGGACUUUAUCCCGGGCAGCUUCUAGAGGGCGCCUCUACUACAGGCGGCCAUGACCCGCAGAUGGCAAAGGUAGCCAGAGUCAAGUCCUGGAUGCUCGAAUUUAUCGGACCGGCCCGUCAACAGGUCAACGAGCUUCCUCCAGACACUCAAUAA